CCAGAAUUGAAUUUCCAAUUGUGAACUUUUUCUUGCGUGAAAUUCCUCAAGUUUGUGUCUUUUGUUUGUAUGUUUGGACCACGAAUGAUUGGAUAGCUGGCAUGAAAAUAGCCCAAAAACUGAAAGCCGCCAUUACGCAAUGUAAGUAAGUGUGCAGACUGAGACGAAUGAGAUGUGAAUGGCUCUUGUGGACAUAUUUCUCAGCUUCUUUUGGCUAUUUUGAGUAAGAAGGCAGAGGCAGAGUGAAACUCCUGAUGGAAAGGAAGCGAAGGGAAGAUAACUAGGAGGAGUUGAAGAAGGAGCGGAGCUAACUAGCUGUUAUGUGGCAAAACUUUCUUCUACUUCUCUGACAACGAGAGCAGUAGAGCUGUGUUUAUAUAUUGGAGAAAGUGAGAUGGAGGGAGAGAAAGAGAGACAGAGGCAGCAGGGAGACGAGAAGGAGAGUAACGAGGCAGAAGACGACAGGAGGAGCGAUGAGGAUGCUGACAAUGACGAGGAAGAGGAGGAUGAAGAUUCUGAGGGUGCGGCACUGGUCUGGCAGGAAGGUUACGGCGAGGACAAUCUGGGCCUUCCCAUCAUGCACUGGGAAGCGCUGAGCCUGCGUAUCGCUGAGCUGGAGAAGCAGGAGGAGGAGAAUAAGGAGAAGAGGGCAAAGAGUGGAGUUUCUCUGGAGCGAGGCAGAGCUCCGGUGAGCUGGGCGGAGGAGAGAGGGAGGAGAGCAGAGAGCUGGGAGGACGGAGACGACGCCUGCAACAGCCACGUGCUGGCACUCACCUCCCGCCUGCAGACCCAGAUGAAUCUUCAGCUCUGCUUCAUCAACAACAGUGAAAGUGAGGAGGAGGACGACGAGAAGGAGGGAGAGAUGAGCAAGAAAGAAAACAGCAACACAUGGAGAGGGACUGUUCAGGUCCACAAGAACCCUCAGCCUGCUGCCAAGCUGGAGAAACCAAAAUCCAGAGGCUUCAGGAACACCCUGAGAAACCUACGAGACCGACUGAGAACAGACCACAAAGCACUGGCUGCAGCUCGUAGUGAUCCUGUAGUCCAGAGAAGACAUGUGGAGCGCAGUGAUUUACAAAACUUCAGUACGAAGGACCUGAAUGCUCUUUGUACGUCUCUCAGCCAGACAAUACAAGACCUGAGCUCCGACCUGGUGGGUCGCCUGCAGGUUCGAGACCAGCUGAGGACGGAGCAGGACGCCAUGCUGCUGGAGGUUCAGGAUCUGACGUCGCUGUGAACCCUGCCUAUCGCUCCCUGCCGACGUUCACCUGUCGAGCAGUCGGGCGCGGUUAUAUCCAACAACCUUCUGAUCGAGUGUCGCAGUCUGUGAACAUUGUUGGGAAUCAGACGGUGCCACAGUGACCUCCACAAACAUCUCAGUCAGUCCCUCCUGACCAGCCAAUCACUGUGAAGAGUGUCACUCCCUGAAAGGACUAGGACAUUCAGUUGCUUAGUAUUUUUUAAUAUUAUGGUCUGUGUUGUAUAUUUAUAAGGGAAGUUGUGUCCCACUAAAGGACAGUGUCCAGCCUGGUCACGAUGUCAGAGCCGUAUGUUACGGUCAACAGCUGAAACUGAGUUGGACAACAUCCAGGCAGAGGAUGGUGGCCUUAAAGGAACAAGCUACCAUUUUUUGUGGAGGGGAUUACAUUUCUUUGCCGUCUUACUCUUGAGUCAGAUUAGAAUUUCAGUACCAGUUUAAUCUCUUGGUUUGGAUCGUCCCAUUUCCCAAAUUGGGAAGUCGUUCUUCCGACUUUGGUGCGUUCAUGAGCUUUUAAGUCGUAUCAUGGGAAACAACUUGGACUCUACAAAGACACGUUAUGUGUUUUCCGAGUAGUUGUUCCGACUCGAGGGGAAGUUCACGUGAAUUAUUCCCAGUCGGGAGGUAAUUCUUCCGAUUAUUCUGACAUGCAGCACAAAAGCCCUAUGACGCAAUUUUAAACCGAGCCGGGAAAAAACAUAACCUCCUCGGUGGAGGUAAUAAUGAAAAGGGAAACAUUUAUUUGAAUACAUCUUGCACACCAAAAAUGCACAUCACGUCAGAGUCAAAACUGUACACUGCGUUCUAUUUAAUAAAAUGUUAUUUUUGUGCAUAGGGCAAGGGAAUCUCUUAGAGUUUACAUCAUAAUGGGUUUUUUUCUUUUGUUUACAGAGCCACUUUACGGCUUCUUCUCUCCUGCUCCUCUCACUUGACUUUAACCAUCAGCUGUUUGUUGUUGCAGUGACCCUCAGCCUGUGCUGAUGACUCGCAUCAUUCAAUACUGGAUGUACAAGAUGUGGACGAGAAAUAUGGAAUAACAAACUUCUAAUGUUCUCGGAUAGACACUCAUUUCGAAGCCAAGUUCUGACCGCGCGAAAUUUAUAAAGAAAGAACACCUCGGGAGUUUUUGCUUUUGUUUUUUUCCAGACGGAAUAGAAACGGAACGAUUUAACUACCUGCUUGUUUUCCACACGUACAUUCAGACUCUGUGUGUAAACAUCUCUACUUAGUAGCACAAAAAAGAUGUCAUUUGAGUUGUUGGAAGCUGCAUCUUUUUACUUUAAACAGAUCAAGACAGUUUUCGCCACCUUCCAUUUUAUACUAAGGCAGAAUAAAAAGUGAUCAGACCUAUACUAAUACUAAUUAUCUCAUUUGAGAGUUUGACCAACAUAUUUACCCAAACAUCCGAAUGUUCAUUUUAAGGAUUUGUCUUGUGUUGACGAAAGUUGGCUUCAUUUUCCAGAUCGGCGUCUCUCCCUUAAAGCUGAGACGUUUCUGACCACUAUGGAGCAAUGUUUUGAUCAGCAGGUCCCCGCUUUGCUUCUGUACACAUGGUGGCCUGAUAAACAUCAUUCCAUUGAUCUCAACAUGUACAAAAAUAGCAGGACAAUAUUUCGCUUUUCAAAACAGAAAGUGGACCCGCAUCACUAUCACAACAGAGAUGCCAAUCUGCAAAGGGAGGGUCAACACUGUUUUUAAGACAUUGUUGGGUUUUAAUUAUCUAAAGUUUAAAACUGCAAUAUGAAAAGGACUCCUGUUAAGAAGCUGCUAAAUCUGUCUUUGUUUUCUACUUUGUGUAUGUUUAAUGCGUAUCUUUGUCUAGGCUUGUAGUUAGUAAAGAAUUAAAUGUGAUCUUAUGUAGAACAAAUUUAAGCGCUUUUCUUUGGUAUGUAAGGGAAGAUAUUUUAAUCUGUUUUUAUCCAAUUUAGUCUUGGCACAACGUUUUGAUAUUUUUUCAUUUAACAAACACUACGCAAAAAAUAAUAAUGUUUACCUGUUAUGUUUCUAAUAUCAGUAUGACAAACAUUUCCACAACCGUCAGUACAACAACUGUCAUGUUAUCCUCACCGAUCUGUUCUCUCGUUCAUAAAGUAACUGAAUCCUACUUUACGCACGU